AGCCUUUGCCUUUAUUUAUGGAGUUAUGAUUGUGUAGUACGUACGUACGUAUAGAAUUGCUUGCGGCGACCACGACACAGCUGAUUCACCCGAUUGUUUACCGGAACAAAAAAAUGAACGACCGUUAUUUGCAAUAACGGAUGUACGGAUGUACCUUGCUGAUUGAGAAAGGAAAUCACGUUGGAUUCCGUUCAAACAUGGGAUGUUGCUACAGUUUUUGUAAGGAGGACAACGGACCGCAGAGUGGAGAAGCGAAUGAGAGAACACAUUUACUGGUAGAUCCUGUCAGUAAUAAUACAAAUAUCCCGAGAGUACAUAGCGAUGAUUAUGUUAACCAAUAUGCAAGUUCUGUGCCUAAGAAGACGGAUGAACAAAGCGCAUUGAAUAGAAUUUUACAUGAAACUGCGGCUAAUGUCAUAGACGUGGGUGCGUUAGACACGCAUAAUCUAGAACAGCAUGAAUACAUGGAUAGAUCUCGGGCGUAUUCAAAGAGAAUAGAAUCAGGUCGAAUUAAACUCCCUGAGGCUGCGUCUUGCCUACUUAAAGAUAUACCAGCUCCAGAACGAAUAUUAGCGGCCGAUCCAGUCGCCGCUGAAGAUCAAGAACUGAUUACAGAAAUGCUCAACAAGGCUGUGACAGCAUUAGGUGAUGUAAAAGUUGAACACAAGGAAGAUUUGGUGGUGCCGUUUCUAUCGUGAUCGUUAAAUGCCUCUUGAAUUAAUUUAUAAUUUCACCUCAUUUUUUUAACUGGAACUUUGACAUCAUACGAUAUUAAAAGAGGAUACAUUUGUCGAAAAUAAAUCGACCCAAGUCCGAAUUACAACUCUAGCUUGUGUUAAGACAAAGGGUCGAUUUUAAUAUCUAAUAUGUAAUGUAUUAUACAGAGUGUUAAAUUACUACCGUUGUUUAUGCUUGCUAUGUACCAAUAGCUUCACGAUUAUUGAAUAGAUAUACAUUUUUCUCUCGUAUUUUUUAUUUCAAGAUUUAUAAUUAAGAUGUGCGCCAUAUAGUCUUUUGCACAUUUUAUCCAUGUAAAAUUUUUGUGUAAAAUUCACUUGUUAUUGUAUUGUAUCGAUAAAUACAUACAUACAUAUAAGA